UCGCGUAGCCACCGUAGUGGCGCCUUCACGCGCAGCGGUUACGUAGCACCGUAGCAUGUUAAUGGACUAAGAAAAAAUAUUUUAUUGGUCGAUAAACUUGAAUUUGGGUGAAAGGAUCUAAUAUAGCGUUAUAUUAGAUUUCCCCAAGGUGGAUUUUUAUGUGUGUGUGUGUACCCAGCUAUGAAAGUACGAAUAAAAUCAGAAGAUGAAAAACUCUGUAGGUAAUUUCAAAAUCCACACCACAGUGGUGUCGAAUUGAGAAUACAGAUACAUGUAAAAUACAGCGAUGACUUGUAAAUUGAUACACGUGCUAACCCUAGCGUUGGCAAUACAGAUAAUUGGUGCAACAAGACUGAUGUGCCCAAGUCACCCUAACUGCGUUUGCGGUAGCACGUUCCCUGUCGAACUCAAUUGCAACAUCGACGGAAGCAUUGUGACAAUAAAUUUUCUACCAAACACAUUCAUCAACGUUAGAUGUGAAAAUUCAACCAUACUCAAUUAUAAACGGCUACCAAAGUGUGCCAAUGAAGUUGAGACGUUCAAGUCAGUUAGUUUCAAAGACUGCCCACUACCUUCAUCGUCAUUUAAAGAUGUGUUAGAACAACUCGGCGUGUCGAAAACAAUGUCAUUGAUAUUUCAAAAUGCAAAGAACCUGUCCGGGUAUUUUGAUCGAAGACAUUUUACUGGAUUGAGAGAUUUGACUAAAUUGCUACUUUCUGUUACUGGCACUACACAUCUCCCCGAUAAUCUUUUCAUGGACGUGAACAAUUUAACAUGGCUGAACAUCAGAUGUAACAGUAUAAAUAUUUCUGAACAACUAUUUAAGCCUCUUGAAAGAUUAGAGACUUUAGAGAUAAGUCAUAAUCAAAUGACAAAUAUGUCUACGAACUUAUUUUCUCACUUGGCCUUUUUAAGGAAGCUGUCGCUUUGGCAAAGUAAUGUCACGUGGUUCUCUAAAGACUUUUUCUCGGGCGUAAACGUGCUAGAAGAAUUAGAUCUUAGUUCUAAUGGACUUAACGAACUCCCGACGCUUAUUUUUAAACCUCUGAAGAAGUUACGAAAACUCACAUUGUUCUCGAACAAGUUUUCGACUUUACCACAAAAUCUAUUCUCAACAAACAAUAACUUGGAGACGGUAAUAAUUCUUAACAAUGAUGUUAAAAUGAAAGAACUUCCACGAAGUUUGUUAGGCAAUUUACAAAGUUUGAGACACAUUUAUAUACAAAGGUGUGGUAUAGAAAUAUUACCGUACGACCUCUUUGUUAAUUCAUCACAAAUAACGAACAUAUCACUGGCAUACAACGAUAUUGGAUCAUUACAAGAAUCGACAUUUAACGAUCAAAUAAAUUUGCUUGAACUCGAUUUAAGUCACAACAACUUGAAAACUUUGGAACCGAAGCUAUUUUCCUCAUUGGUAAGAUUGGAAAAAUUGGAAUUGGCUUAUAAUUCCAUUGAAGAAAUUUCCGGAUCGACGCUUUCUUCAUUGCUUAGUUUAAUAUACUUAAAUAUGGAGCAUAACAAUUUGAAAACUAUAUCCUCAUACUUAUUUAGUAACAAUAAACAAAGAAUGUCAAUAUCAUUUGCAUAUAACGAACUUCACUUUAAAAAUAAGGAAUUGCAAAAUAACUCGUGGACAAGUAAUACAAUCUCACCGUUUGCACAUACAUUUAACUUGAAAUUGCUUAACUUAAGUCAUAAUAAAUUCGAAGCUACGUACGAUGAUUGGUGGAUUAAUGGUCAUGAACAUUUGGAUAUCAGCUAUAAUUACAUCAACUAUUUAUGGAACCACCCAACAUCAAGUUAUAAAACGAUUGGCAAAAAGUCAACGAAACAACUUUGGGUAGCUCAUAACCCACUCAAUUGUAACUGUAAAAACUUUAAGUUCCUCGACUUCCUAAAGGAACAUUUUAAAGCUCAGAUUAAAGACGAAUCUACCAUACAAUGUUCAAUUUGGCGCAAAGAGGCUUGCAAUAUGCGUUUUAUCAUAUUUGUCUGCUUUAUUUCUAUAUCGGCUUCAACGUCUACAAUCAUCAUGUUGCUAUAUCUUAAGUACCGUAAAAACUUGCAUUCCAUGAUCAAAAACAAACUAUAUAAAGUGACGCAUCCUAAUGAAGUCGAGCAACAAGAGCGCACUGUGUUUAUUAAAUAUUCUGAAAACGACGAAGAAUUUGUACUUAAGGAAAUAGUGCCAGGCUUACGAGUUCAUAAAGGUAUUAAAGUUCACACAAAACCCAUACCAAGUGACUGCAACAAAGAAAAUUUCAUUAAACAGCUCAAAAACAGUUCAAAGGAGGGAGAUACGACGCUCGUUAUUUUUUCCCCAAACUACUUAAUGUCAGCUUAUAGUCACGUAAACAUAAAGAAAAUUCGAGGUGAAAUGCUGAAAGCGAAGAAGACGGUUUAUGUUUUUACGGACAUGGGUACAGAAAAUUCGAUUUACGCAUUCUUAAAGGAGCAAAGGGAUCGGCGAACGACAAUACUCUGGAAUAAUCCUAACUUUUGGAAUAUUUUAUUACCGGUACUGUCAAAGGAGAAAUGCAAAUUGACAUUUCGUGUGAAGGAUAGUGUGACAUCAAAAAUUCCCGCCAAGGCAUUGAAAUCUUCAGACGUACAAUCUUUAGAUCCAACUUGUUUGCACUAUCAGGUUUAGUUAAUCUCAUUUCCUUUAUGAGGUAAAGACUGAAUUCUCCACCAUCUUUAUUCACAUUUGGUAGUUCCAAACCACUUAUUAUUUUAUAUAUCUUAGAUGUAUAUCUUAGGAUGUUAGUGUAAAUUUUUAUAAGCUAUUCUAAAGGUAAGAUAUGUAUGUACAUUGCUGUUAUAAGGUAUUCUAUGUAUUUAUUUAGCAUUCUUUGUGUGGGUGAACCUGCAAAUGUUUAUCAAACUUCGAAGAAGUUCAAUGUAUUCGAUAAAUUAUUCAUGUUUUUAUUACCAAUGUAAAUAUGAUGCGUUUAGAUUAAACAUUUAAGUUUCAUGGAAACUGUAUGUUGUUAAGU